UAUUUCAAACCUCAUUCAGGUGGACUGGCAGGCGCAACGGCUGGCACGAUUUUUUAUGCCAACGCCGCCUUGGCCACUUAUCUGUUCUGGCGGCUGGCGAGCAGGUGGCGGCCGCUGAUGCUGCAGUGGGCCGCCGUCGAGCACCAAAUCAGGCAAAGCUACCCCACACCGCAGAGAGCCAGAUUGAAAACGCUGGCACUCACUGGCACGGUGCUGCUUCUCGCCAUGGCUGAGCACGGCUUGAGCAUUUCCACCCACUCAAAAUCGAACUCGCUGACUGAGUGGGUGAAAAAUUAUUCGCUCAGUUCGCACCCGUUUAUUUUCUCCAGUCUGGAAUAUUCCUUCGCUCUUGGAGUGGCAGUUCAGAUUCUCAGCAGGAUAGCGACUGUGACUUGGAACUUCACCGACCUUUUCCUCAUGAUCAUUGGACAGUCACUCACUCUCCGAUUUGACCAAUUCAACAAUUCCAUUCUGAAGCAUACAUUAACCAGACACCAAUGGAGUGGGGCUCGAACUCAAUUUGCUAGUUUAGCACAUUUGACGAGAAGCGUGGACGCACAAAUAUCUGGAAUUAUUUUUCUCAGCUUUGCAAACAACCUCUACUUCAUUUGCAUGCAGCUGCUAAAUGGACUCACGCCUUAUGAGGGAGCUGACAGGAUGAUGCACUCAGUUUACUACUGGGCCUCAUUCACGUUCUUGCUUUCGAGGACUGCAGCAGUGACGAUUUACCUGUCAAACGUGCACGUCGCCAGCAAAAAUGGCUUGCCUGCCGUGUACGCCUGUCCAAGCGGCACUUUUACCCAAGACACAGAACGCCUCCUGAACCAAAUGAGCAGCGACGAAUUGUCUCUCACAGGACUUGGACUCUUUCACGUCACUCGCAGCUUUUUGCUCGCGGUAGCAGGUGCUAUUGCUACGUAUGAAGUGGUUCUCAUUCAAUUCAAUGUCGCCAUCAUCCAAACAAACCCUGGAAAUGCUACUAAAAUGAACUGACAUUGUAGAUUAAAAGAAGCUCGGAAAUGAUUCACAAAUAAUUACGAUAAUUAAACUACUCAAUAACUUGUUAUUUUCGUUAUUUUUCUAAGCAAAAUCGUUUAAGCUUGUAAAAUUCGCCUUAAAUCUUGGAAAUAACUGUCAUUAUAUUUAUUUCUGGUGCAAUGUGAUUUUAAAGGGAGAAUAAACAAAAAAAAUACCAAAUAAAAUACAAUAUAAAGCACAAAAUAUUUUAAAACAACUGAUGUUAGUAUGUAAUAAUGCAGUUUAAAUAUCUUCAUCCGUUUGAUUGACCUUCCUUAAUAAAAAAAUGCGAAAAU